AUGUUUGUCAAAGCAUUAAUAAUCGCAUCACUAGCAUUCUGCGGAGUUGCUUCAUUCAGUUGGUCGCCAUAUGAAACCUGUGAAGGUGCACCGGAACCAGAAAAUUUGUACAUCGAGAACUGUGAUUAUUUUCCGUGUCCAAUUUACACCGGAUACAACGUUAACGCUCAGUGGGACUUCCUAGCAACCAACGAAAUCACAACAUUAAAACCAGUGGCUAGAUUUAAAUUAUUGAGAUUUUGGGUUGAAUAUAAAAAUUUAAACAUCAAUGGAUGUGACAAUCUUGUUGGAAAAGCCCAAAAGUGUCCUCUUAAACCCAACGACGUAGGAACUUUUGAACUGAGUUUUCCCGUGCCAAACGUGUCUAUGCCCAUGGAUACUUUAUCUAUAUGGAUUGAAUUUUCAUUGCAAGAUCAAAAUGAAAAGGUCCACAGUUGUUUCCGAGUGAACUUCUUAGUUAAAAAAGGACAUUAA